GUUCAAUCAUUUGCAAGCAAGGACACAAAGGAAGGGCCAUUGUGACUCAAGCUGUAGCUAAAACCAGUCCAAUGCAACAGAUGUUUCAAGAACAGCAGCAGAAAAAUGAUGACCUAACUGAACGGAACAAGAAGGCACAUAUUUUCAAGAAGACUUCUCUAUUCUUAGAGUAGAAAUUUCCCUUCAAGAUGACAAGUGGCUCAAAUCCUUCAGGAUCCUACUUGCCCUCAAAAGCAAGAUGUUCCAAAAUAGAUGACACCUACUUGAAGGAAUUGAAUGAAGACUUAAAGCUAAGGAGGCAGGAACUGCUAGAAAUCCUAAAACCUCUUGAAGAUAAGAACAAGUUCUUAUUCCAGAAGUUGAUGUCUAACUUGGAGGAAAAACAGAGAAGUCUACAGAUCAUGAGGCACAUUAUGGCAGGGAAGGGGAGUGAAGAAUCCUCAGUCAUAGAGCUCAUUAAGGAAGCAGAGGAGAUGAAGCAGAAUCUGGAAAGGAAAAACAAGAUGCUACAGAAGGAAAUGGAGAUGCUAUGGAACAAGACAUUCAACACAGAAGCGCUUGGUGAUCAACCAAAAGGACUGCAGAUAAAAAGCAAAGCAGACUUGCAGGAUGGGAAGGUUCCCAAAACACCCUUAUCACCUAGGAAGACCAAGAAUGACCUGGAGACAUCAUGUGCAGAGAAACUGAAAGAGAAAAAGAAGGAAAAGCAACAGAAGAAAAUGGAAUGGGUCAGGUAUCAGGAACAAGCCAACACCCUUCAGGUACCGAGCACUACAACUACUGGCAGAACAACUACCAGCAAAAAGGAAUCUAAUGUGAGAAUUCUGGGAUCAAAAGCCUACACCGAACAACAAGGAGCUAAAGGAAGCCACUUUGAUGUAGGAGGGACGAUCCUUUUUCUGAGGUCACUGCCAGAUGAAGAUCUGAAGGAUUAGAAGGCUUUGCUUUGGACAGAUUUAAAGACGAGGUACAGCCAUCUGAGUUAAUUAAAAUCUCUCAAACCUUU